AUGGCACAGGCACAAUAUCCAAAUGAAAAAGGUCCAGUUCCAAUGGAGACGGGCCUUGUUAAUGCCAUAUAUAGGAUAGGGUACGAACUUCGUUGCAUGAACAUUAGUGUCUAUAAGCUCGCACGUGCAAGCCAGCUUUUUCUGCCAGUAUUGCACUCUGCUCAUUAUUACUUGUAUGUCUUCAAUAUGGUCAACAAACGGGUGGAAGUAAUUGAUAACGCCGAUUCAAUAGGCGCUAGCAUACCGUUCAAGAACAAAUAUGGAGAGACAUACAUGUUUAUGGUGAGAUAUUAA